AUGAGCUUCAACCUCCCUCUUCGCCCGAGCUCCAGCAGCAUACGGAACCAGGCAAGCCGAAGCACCUACUUUAACAACUACACGCCUAGUUCCUCUACCGAAGCCAUCAACGGUCCCCUCAGGGAACCUGCCAGGGAGCUCUUUGGCACCACCGAUCGGCUGAUUGUCGGCGUCGAUUUCGGAACUACAUUCUCAGGCGUCGCUGCUGUUUACACUUCAACGCCAGACGAUGUCGAAAUCAUCAAGACAUGGCCGGGCGGGAACGGCAUCACCUCCGACAAGGUGCCUACCGAGAUCAGCUAUGACAUUUCUGCGAAUGCUGCCGCUGGCACCGAUCCCACAGUGAAAUGGGGAUUCCAAUUCAAGCCCGAGGAGGCACGUCUUCGUUGCAUCAAGCUGUUCCUUGAUCGCUCGCAAAAGCUACCCUUCUAUGUCAGCCCGCUCGACACAGCGGCCCAACUGAAGCGCUACAACAAGAAUGUUCUGGACGCUGUAAGCGACUAUCUCACACAGGUGUAUAAGCACACCAUGGACACCCUCACUCGAAGAUACGGCGAGUCUUUUAUGCAGUCUACCAAAGUCGACUUUGUCUUGACCUGUCCCGCCGUGUGGUCCGAUGCAGCGAAGAAUACGACACUUCAGGCGGCUGAACGAGCUGGCAUGGGGCUGAAAUCAGAAAUCCAGAUGAUCAGCGAGCCCGAAGCCGCGGCGGUGUACACAUUAAAAGCCAUCCAGCCCAACCAUCUCAACGCUGGUGAUAACUUUAUCGUGUGUGAUGCAGGUGGUGGAACUGUCGAUCUGAUUGCGUACAAAAUCAUAUCAUUAAAACCGUUAAAGGUAGAAGAAUCCGCCGUCGGUACCGGUGGUCUUUGCGGCAGCGCGUUCCUCAACUACAGAUUUGAAGAACACGUCCGGAACAAACUGGGCCACAGCCGUUUCGACGAAAUGAAGGUCAAGAAGAACAAAACAUGGCAAAUGGGCCUGAGGUAUUUCGAGGAGUUUGUUAAACGCAACUUCAACGAGGACGAGCACCAGGAGGUGAACGUGCCAUUCCCAGGCUUGCCUGACGACGAAGAGGCUGGUUUGGACUGUGGCUUCAUGGUCAUGUCGGCUGAUGAAAUAAAAGAAAUAUUUGCCCCUGUCGUGAAAGAAGUUUGCGACCUAGUCCAGGGCCAGGUCACUGGCAUUCGUUCCAAGGGUGGUGUUGUGUCAGGCAUCGUGCUGGUUGGUGGAUUCGGGCAGAGCGACUACCUAUACAGAAAGCUCAAGACACACUUCACAAGUGCCGCACCGCCUCCGUACACCGAAAGGCCAACGCAUGGCAGCGUCACUGCACUACAGGAAACGAGCUCGAUCGAGGUCAUGCAGCCAGUGUACGCCUGGACGGCCGUCGUGCGAGGAGCGGUGCUGCGAGGACUCGAGGGCAACAUGGUGAUUUCGCGCAAGGCGCGGUACCACUACGGCACAUCGUACGCAACCGUGUAUGACGAGGAGAAACACUCGGUCAGUGAGCGAUACUGGUCGCCGCUGUGGGAACGGUGGAUGGUGUCGGACCGUAUGCAGUGGCACAUUGCAAAGGGAGAGGCAAUAUCCCCGUUAUCACCAAUCGCAUUCCAUUAUACCCGAAACUUCAGACCUGGGCAGUCGCUGCUGGUGACGGAUGACCUGAUUGCGUGCGAGGCAGACGAGCCGCCUGCCGCCUACACCCGUGAUCUAAUCCAUGUGUGCACGUUGACGACCGACCUCAAUGCCGUGCCCAGGAGCUUAUUCACACGAUUGACGACAACGCGUGGCGUGGAGUUCGACAACCUUGACUUUACACUCGAAAUGAUCGUCGACAGCGCCGGUCUAGGAUUUGAGCUGAAGGUGGACGGUGUUAGGUACGGACGUGUCGAUGCCGAGUUCCAUUGA